AUGGUUUCCACCCCAGCCAUCGAGGAGAUAUACAACCCGUCUGGAGUAAUACAACAUCUAUACGAUUGUUAUGAAGGAAGUGAUAACGAAUUUGCUUCGGUGGUUGCCAACCAUUUCUCAACUAUAUUAUUCAACACCGACGAGCGUUUCAAGCAGCUACCGUCUCUCGAUAUACAUCAUCCCCCUGAGGCAUACACAAAUGGGUCACUUGUUCGAUUCCGCGCGAUGAUCCAGGACACCUCGUCGUCCCCCGAGCUGUACGUGACAAAGUUAAGCAAUCUCCGAUGUGGAGGAUGGGGAUUAUCCACUUCGGAUUCAAACGAGACGUCUGACAGCGUUGGAUACCAAGACUUGCAGGAAUUGGCUACAAUGUGGGCUGUCUCGGUUCCUGCAGAAUCGUCAUGGCAUGCCGAAGACAUAUUGCUACUUGCCUCUAGCUUCCCUGCACACGUGCCUCCUCGACCACACAAGUUUCCCUUACCAGACGUGUCCCACAUUGGCGUGCAGAUCAAGAUGUAUGAUAAUGCAAGUGCACAAUGUCUGAGGACAACUGAUAUAGUGACUUUUGUUGGAAUACUCUCAUCAGAACCUGUAGAUGCAGAGCUCAGUUCCUCAGUGGAGGUCCCAGUCCUACACGUUAUCUGCUAUCAAUCUAUCCCAGACCCAAUUCCAGACAUAAAGGAACCAUGCAGCGUUCGCCGAGAACUGAUCCACUGGAUAUCUGAACAUGUUCUCGGAGGCGAUGAUCUAGCAGUGGAGUGGCUCUUGCUCCAGCUCUCAUCAAAAGUUCACAUCCAUGCUACGCCAUUUCUCCCCCCAUCCUUAACCAUUUCACACUUUCCUCCUCCUCCCCAGCCAAAUAUGCUCCCUACCCUCUCACAUGCCCUUUCAGAACUGCUCCAGAAGUAUACGCCUAUUCCUUUGUCAUUGGAGUUACUAAACACAAGGAGUUUCACACCCGAGAGCCGGGAGGAGGAUCUACAUUCAGGAUAUUUGCAAUUGCCAGCAGGAACGACCGUACUACUGACCGAAAGUGCUGUCUUCGAAGGAAAGGUGGCCGAGAAGGGGCUUAUGAACAUCCGAGCUAUACAGGAAAUCAUGGAUUCCCAAACACUCGAUUACACUUUUCCCUUUAGCAGAUUCACUUUCGAGACUGAUAUCUCAACUGUCGUACUCGCCGAAGGCCGCAAGAGUGCCUUUUUUCAGGAAGGUCGCUCCCACUUCCGCCGCACUAGCUUGAAUAUUCCCCUGCAAAGUAACUCUGAUAGUAACCUCUACCGACCAGGAGAGAAAGUUGCCUGGCCGUCGUCUGAAAAGCUCAAGAUCUUCCGAUCCUACAUAGAUGCUUGCAAAGCAGCGUCUGGAAAAGUCAAAGUAUCUGAGGCUGUGUCUAAGUACAUUCAAGAGAGCUUCGUCCGCCAGCGGCAAGAAGAUAAAACGACAACACUUAAUGACCUUAUGCAUCUCAUGAAAGCCGCAAGGCUGUUAGCAGCUUCACAUCUCCAAGAUGAGAUGACGACUGAAAUUUGGGAAAGAAUGAAAGAGUUGGAGGCGGCACGAAAAAUGCGAAUAGCAUCAUUAACCAUUAGAACAUAG